AUGAAGUAUUUUGUAGCUGGCUCGGAUCCAAAUGAUGUCCGCCGCGUACCAUCAAUGUCGUGGCUUCUCAAGCAUGAGCCUACAGGUCAAAAAGUGAUCUUUGAUUUAGGAAUCCGAAAAGACAUCGAGAAUUAUACGCCUGCAGUCUUCGAGAGGUUACAAAAUGCCAUCAAGUCUGAAGUCCCAGAAGAUGUCUUUGCUAGUUUAGCCCAAAAUCACAUCGACCCAUCGUCGGAUAUCCGAGCGAUUAUCUUCUCACAUCUCCACUAUGACCACAUCGGAGACCCGAGCAAAUUUGGGCCUAAAACAGAGUUCCUCAUCGGACCUGGUGCCAAGCAGCUUCUUUAUGGUCCGGACAGUUAUCCAUGCAACGCAUUUUCACAUUUCGACUCGAGGCUACUUCCCCAAGAUCGAACAAUCGAACUACCCCCUGCGACUGACAGAUCGUUCUGGGCUCCAUUGGGCCCGUUUCCUGAUGUCCAUGACUUUUUUGGAGAUCAGUCAAUGUACAUCAUCAAUGCGCCUGGCCAUUGCCCUGGACAUGUCAAUUUGCUUGCGCGUAGUGAUGUGAAUCAGUGGAUGUUGCUGGCUGGAGAUACUACACACGAUACUCGAAUCUUGAAUGAGGUUGGUGAGACUGCUGUCUAUCUAGAUGAGAAGACGGGCCGGUCAAAAUGCGCCCAUCACGAUAAAGAACUUGCAGAGAUACACUUGCAGAGAGUGCGGGAGUUGAGAAAGCUGGAAAAUGUGCGGGUGAUACUAGCGCAUGACAGUGCUAUCUAUAAUAGUCUGUGUGAUCGUUUUGGGGCGGGACUACAGACUUAG